AUGUCUGAAGUGAAGAGAACCCUAAGCAGUGAACAUGUGCUACCUUACCACACAGCCCACAGCUACCGCUCGAUGGGCGUGUUUCAUACCUCCAUGGGGGACCUGCAGCGACAACUGUACAAGGGAGGCGAGUACGAGAUCUUCAAGUACGCGCCCAUGUUCGAGAGCGACUUUAUCCAGAUAAGCAAAAAGGGAGAGGUGAUGGAUGUACACAACCGCGUCCGGAUGGUGACUGUGUGCAUCGCGUCCACCAGCCCCAUUCUGCCACUACCUGAUGUCAUGCUGCUGGCCCGGCCAGCUAAGGUCGGUGAAGAACACACCAGAUGCAGCCUGCUCACCAAGAAAAGAAGUCAGAAGCCCAAGAAGACUCUAGAGCUCACCAGGCUACUUCCCUUGAAGUUUGUCAAGAUCUCCAUCCAUGACCACGAGAAACAGCAGCUGCGCCUGAAGCUCGCCACAGGCCGGACUUUCUACCUGCAGCUGUGCCCCUCCUCAGAUACCCGCGAAGAUCUCUUCCGCUACUGGGAAAAGCUUGUUUAUCUCCUGAGGCCACCGGUUGACAGCUGCAGCAGUACCCUCACGGUUCGGACUGGGGAUGCAGCCUCUCCUGAGGACAAGAGCCUACUGGGUUCAGACCUCCAUGGAGAAGGGGAUCGGGAUUCUAGGAUUCUGAAGCUUCCUGAGGUCCGUGGAGCCACCUCUUCGGCUUAUGCAGGGGGAGAAGGAAUCCAUCACGCUUCUGCAGGAUCAUCCAAAGCAGAAACAGCAGGAACAAAGAGUGGUAUUGCAGUUCUUGGGGCAAGCACCGGCCCUACAGCAGGCAUGGCAAUGGCAGGGACAGUGACGGGGCCCACAGCUGGUGCUAUGAGCAUGGCAGCAGCCAAGUCCACAGGCUCAGGUCAGGCAACCAUGGCCAUGGCGGGGACAGCCACCAAGGAUACAGGAGAAGGCGGAUCCAGCAAGGCCAUGGCAGCCGCUGCCAGCAUAUCCUCAUCUGAUGUCCACAUGGUGCUGGUGGGCGCUGCCAGUACCUCCUCAGCAGGCGCCUCCUUUACUGCAGGGGCUACUGGCGUCUCCCGGGACAAUAGUGUGAACAUGGUUUUUGCAGGUGCCAUGACGACCAUGGCACCUGUGCCGGAAAAAGAUGAAGGGUCUGUAGUGGCACCCCUUGUAUCAACCUUGCAGAGCGAAGGCUACAUGUGCGAACGGGAUGGCAGCCAGAAGGCUCCCCAGGUCAAUGCUGAAGCCAAGAAGACAAAAAGGGAAAGAAGAGAAAAGAAGGACAGAAAUGUCAGCAGGAAAUCUUCACAUCAACACAGGACAGGUGAAAGUCACCACCACAGGACAGGUGGGGACAAAAGCCGGAAAUCAUCCUCCCACCGGUCUGUGUCUGGCCAUGGGCACAAGACAGAGGAAAGAAAAGAAACGGGGUUGAGCAAUGUAAGGGGCAGGGGACAUGGCUCCCCUCACAAAAGUUUCAGCCACAGCUCCUCCACCAAGGAGUCCAGGACCUCUCACAAACUGGGGAAGAGACGAUCUAUGACCAGUUCAGGCUCUUUAAGCAAGAAAUCAAGUAAAAUCAGCUCUUUUUUGAGGAACUUUAUAACUGUGCCGAGUUCAAAAGCAGCUCUCAUCUCACGUGACAAAGAAGAAGACAUCGUGGCAAAGAAAGUGGAGAAGUGCAACAUAGAGACAAAGGUGGAUAAAGGCCAGGGUGGCCAGGAGCUGGAGAUCAGCGGCACCAUGACAUCUGAGACAAUGGAGACCAUCAUCUUUGAAGCCAAACCCAUUUAGAUAGGAGCCAGAGCAGGGAGCUAUAACA